CUUGAAUUAUUAUUAUUCUCCUCCUCUUUGCUUGCUGGCUCUGUCUUCUCUUCCACCUCCAUGCAUGCAGAGGAGCAGCACCCUCAUUACUCCACAUUACUCUCCCUCCACUCCAUUCCUCCUCCUCACUGUCCUCUCCACUCCUCGUCUGAUCGAUCCUCUCCGUCUCCGAGAGAGAAGUCGUCGCUCUCACUCACUCUGCCACAUCCCAUCGACAGUUCUGCAACCAACGCAUCAAGCAACCAUUCACUCCUCCCUCUGCCUGUACUGUCUUCUUCGUUUUGCUGCCGCUGGGAUCCUCGUCACGCCAGCCGCCCACCGCCAGCCACCAGCUACACCACCUCUGGUCUCCAGUCACACCAGAAUCCAAAUUUUUCAUCACACCAAACCAUCCACUCCUCACUUUUUCCCCCUACCAAGUCCAAUCUUUAGUUCUUUACAACCACAUUAUUAUCGCCAACAACAGCCCCCUUCCCUUCCUUUCGCACCCGAUUACCCACCCAAAUCCAGCUACUGCCUACUGUGCACGGAGUUGCUUGCGGCAUUUGCCACACUGUUCCAUCCGCAGAACGAACCCAAUCUUUACCGCCCGAUUCUCGGCAAAAUCCACCGUGCUUGCCCCCCGUUUCAGUCCAGGCAAUGCUGUUUGCGCCGUGGAAUCAGAGCUUUGACACCUAAUUCCGCUCAAGAACACGAGGAAGAUCCGCCAAUUUGCGAGAAGAACCAACAGGCUCCACUCCAUCCAAGGCGGCGUCGCCCUGGCGUCUCGCGCUCCGCCAGCAGCUCCCAUGUCGGACGGCACGGAGCUGUCCCAGAGCACGCUGGUGUUUGGGCUCCGCAUGUGGGUGCUCGUCGGCAUCGGCGUCGGUGCCGCCUUCGUGCUGCUGCUCGUCCUAAUCUCCGUCCUCUGCCUCCUCGCCUUCCGCCGCCGGCGGCGGCAGCGGCCGCGGCCCAAUCCCGCCCAGCAGCUCCCAACCACCGCGCCUCCCAAGAGUCCCGCGAAUGUCAAGGCGCCCAAGGAUAUCCAAGAAGUCCCCUCCCACACCGCCACCGCCGCCGCCGCCGUCGCCCCAGCGAAGAUGCCGCUCGCGCAGGUGCUCCAGCUCCCCACGCCAGCUGUCUCCGAGCAGAUCGUGACCGGCAAGGAGCACCACGUCACGUACCCGGAGCAGCAGGAGCACCCCAGCCACCGGAGCGACGGGCCUUCGCCGCGCGGCAACGGCGAGAGCCGCGGUGGGCGAGGUGGCGGCGCCGCGGACCACGCGCCACCGGCCGUGCCGGAGGUGUCCCACCUGGGGUGGGGCCACUGGUACACGCUCAAGGAGCUGGAGACGGCGACCGGGAUGUUCGCCGACGGGAACGUGAUCGGCGAGGGCGGGUACGGGAUCGUGUACCGUGGCGUGCUCGAGAACGGCACGCAGGUCGCCGUCAAGAACUUGCUAAACAACAGGGGGCAGGCAGAGAAGGAAUUCAAGGUUGAGGUCGAAGCAAUCGGGCGUGUGCGACACAAGAACCUUGUGCGCCUUCUAGGAUAUUGUGCCGAGGGUAAUCAGAGGAUGCUUGUAUAUGAGUAUGUUGAUAACGGGAACUUAGAACAAUGGCUGCACGGGGAUGUUGGGCCUGUAAGCCCUCUCACCUGGGAUGACAGAAUGAAAAUCAUACUGGGAACAGCAAAAGGGAUAAUGUAUUUGCAUGAGGGGCUUGAACCAAAAGUGGUUCACCGUGAUGUCAAGUCAAGCAACAUCCUUCUGGACAAGCAUUGGAAUGCUAAGCUCUCGGAUUUCGGACUUGCAAAGCUUCUGGGUUCAGAAAGGAGUUAUGUCACUACAAGAGUUAUGGGAACUUUUGGGUAUGUUGCUCCAGAGUACGCAGGGACUGGAAUGUUGAAUGAAACAAGUGACAUAUAUAGUUUUGGAAUUCUUAUAAUGGAGAUAAUAUCCGGUAGGGUACCAGUGGAUUAUAAUAGGCCACCAGGAGAGGUUAAUUUAGUUGAUUGGCUUAAGACGAUGGUAAGCACCCGAAACUCAGAUGGCGUUGUGGAUCCAAAGAUACCCAAGAAACCUUCUUCAAGAGCAGUGAAGAAGGCUUUGCUAGUGGCGCUGCGAUGUGUAGACCCUGAUGCUCUUAAGAGACCACGGAUUGGGCACAUCAUUCACAUGCUUGAAGUCGAUGAUUUCCCAUACAGAGAUGAUCGCCGAGGCAGUAGAGCACCAGGACAAGCAAGAUUACCGGAGACACCGGCAGGUGGAUCAGGUCAACCUGAGACCGACAAUAGAGGAAACGGUGGUUCCACACAAGCUGAACCCUUUAGAUGGAGGAACCCAGAGGCUUAGUAUGAUAAUAUUCGUAGUAUUCGUCGGACGACUGAAAGAAAAGCCAAAUCCUCUUGAUUUGUGAAGCAACAAGCCAACAAUUAUAUCCACUGAAGUCGUGAACUUUCAUCUUGCUGAUGAAAGCAGCAGGAUUUCCAUGGAUACCGUUAGAUCAUCUGUAAAUGUAAAAAGAGUAAUUUAGCCCCAGUAAAUUUUCCUACUUAUAUUUAUAUAGGUGGAGGUAUCUAUGUAUGACAAACCCGUUCCAUUUAAGGUAAAAUAGAACUUUAUUAAAAUCCCUCGGGUACCUCUGGUUAAGAAAUGGACAGUUUCUGCUCAGCAUUGCUGAACUUGA